CUCCUCUAUCUGAAAUCUACUGUCAGUAAGAAAUGUACUGUAAGAUUGCUUUUGAUGCGCACAAUAUAUGAUAGCACAAAAACCUACUAUAUUUAAGGGAGAACUUGGCUUUCUGAUUUAAGAUGACCCCUUUAUUUGGCUGCUUGUAGGCUCUGCUACAAGGUGAGGGAUGUCUAUCCAUUGAAGUGCCCCCUCAAAUAAGGUUUUUUUAUAAGCUUUAAAAAAACAUUUAAAACUGUCAAUUUUGACAUGAUCUUAUAGUAAAUUAAAGAUUUCAGAAACUUUAGUGACAGGCACAACUUUGGAAAGUGCAAAUAACAGGCAUGCACAAGUGCCACCCUGGAAGGCUUUGAAAAAUAAACUGGUGCUAAUAUGAGCCUAGCAAAUCUGCUGCGGUGGGAUUUGAAUGAGAACAAACAAGGUUCGUCUUUAUAGGAAUGGACCUUGCACAUAGUACUAUAGAUUAAGGAGGAAUAACAGUGCAGGGGAAAGAAUCUGAAUAAAGGAUUUUGUCAAGGCAAUCAAAAGAUGAGAACUCUGAUCAUUCCACAGGCCUUUUAGUUCCUGGAAUUACUCAGACUGGACCUUUGUGCUUCUAAUCUCUGUACUCGGAUAAACUUAGACCAGGGGCUUUGUUUUAAUUUGUUUUUUAAAUUGAGUGAUUGAGUUUCUUGUUAAUCAGGUACUUGGGUCUUAAAAGUUUCUCUUUUCAGAUCUAGAAGCAGGUUUGGUGGAAUUUCCAAAGCCUACGAAGAGAUAUGGAAGCCCAAAUCCUCCUGGAAUUGGGGAUGCAGAUUUGUUAGGCAGCUUUGAAAAAUCUCAGCCACGGCCUCUUGUAAACUUGCAUUCUAAGCAGAUGGGCACUUCUUGAAUGCGUGUGCAACUAGUUAUAAGGAAAAGUUGUACAUGGGAUAGAAAAGCACUAAAUUACAGAGAGGAUAUUGUCAAGUUUAAAAAUUGAGAUGGUCAAGUUUAAAAAAAACAACACAACAAAACCCCCCAAAUUCUCCAAAUAGUAGGAUUAUUAAUAUUUGGCUGAUGGAUAGCCAUAUUGCUCAUCAUUGGCCUUCUACUACUAGCCUCGAGAUAUGGGCCCAAACAAAAUCCCUGGAGUCAAACAUGCCUGAACUUUAUGGAAGUCUGAUUCAAAUCCAGACUGCAGAGCUGGUCUUUAUGGAAUGGAUUAACCCUAACCCUGCCUCCCUGUAGCAUCCCUACCCCCGCCCCCCCUGCCAAAACGGCUUUCUCCCAAAAUACAUUUUGGACCUAUAAAUGCAUAGACGACACUUCCUUUGUUCUGUGGAAUCCUGUACUCUUAACUGGCUUAGUGGGCACUUUGAGAGAGAGAGAGAGAGAGGACAAAUCACUGGACCUGACUCCUCAAGCCACUAUUGUGGGAUGUACUUUGACUUAAGCCAGUUUUUCCUUAGGAGGACUCCUGAGGAUAAGUAUACUCAUUACAUUGCAUGGAUAUACUGACCGGUAUACUCAUGCAGGGCACCCCAGAAAAGGUCUGCAACCUGAUUCCCGCAGAGAUCCAUCACAGUCUAAAUAGAGCCUUUUUUUUUUUUCAAGCACCAUGCAGAUUCUGCCAUUGUUGUUGAAAGAGCUCUUGCCAAGCAUACAAUGAGCCUUGCUCUUACCUCAGAAAUGGCAGGUGUUCUAAUGCUUAAAGAAGAUAAGAUACCAUCUGAACUGUUCUGUUAAGGCUUGUGUUAAGUUGGGAUUUCUCUCUCAAUAUUAGAGUUCAGGAAGUUAUCUGAAGCCAAUCUGCACUUUACUCCACUUUGACAUCUCUCUGCACCAUCUGUCAUGCAUUUGCAAUCUAUUGUCAGAAUGGAAUACAUCUGGUACUGGUUGGAUGGAUCUGGGCAGUGGAUUGAAUAUGGGAAACAGCAUGCAAAUGAUUGUGCUGCCACGGUAACUUCUGAGGAUCUGGAGGCGGCAUUUCUAGCGGACCAAAAAGGCACUGUAUUGUUUCAAGUUGGUUCUUGGCAGUAUGAGAUAAACUUUCAAGAUAUGGUCCAGAUAAACUUGCACUAUCAAACUCGGAGAAAAGUCUGUAGGUGGCCAAAGUUUGUGUUCUUCGGCGGGGGAGACAAGAGUGAGAGAAGCCAAUUGGAAACUACUUAUCCAUUUCAUCUGUUUCCUCCAAACUGGGACCAAUCGGCACUGCCUGAAAUAGGGUACAAGUUGGUGGAGCUGAGUGAUACUACUAGUGAAUACAAGGAAGUCAAGGACCUAUUUGAGAAGACAAUGAAAAAUUAUAGAAUCUGCAGAUUGCAGAGGAUUCAGAACCCAUCACUUUGGCAAGUUUUCCAGUGGCAAAAGGAGCAGAUGUGGAAGACAAACAGAGGAAGAGAUGUGGAUGAGAGGCUCUUAUUCCAUGGAACAAGUACAUCCCAUCUGCAUGCCAUCUGCGGGCAGAACUUUGACUGGAGAAUCUGUGGGACCCAUGGAACAUGCUAUGGAAAAGGAAGCUACUUUGCCAGAGAUGCUUGUUAUUCCCAUCAAUAUUGUCAGACUGGCUCCAGUUCCAAGACCAUGAUCGUAGCUCGAGUGCUAGUUGGAGACUUUGUUCAAGGAAGCAAUGACUACCUUCGCCCUCCACCCAGACCUAACAAUUCGAACAACUUUUAUGACAGCUGUGUGGACAGCCCAGUGAAUCCCUCCAUUUUUGUCAUCUUUGAGAAGCACCAGAUUUACCCAGAAUAUAUAAUAGAAUAUGCAGAAGGGUACAGCUGUGUGAUCUUGUAAUGGACAGCAAUAUCACUUUCCUACACUGAGACAGUCAAAUGAUUUUACAUAUUUCCUAUUUUAAAAUAUAUUUAUUGGAACUAC